UUAUAUAGCACUGCUCAAUACACGUGCACAAACAGCACAAACAAAAAGCCCAGGCAUGACAAGCCCGUCAUUUAUUGUUGACGAGCGUUGGGAGGAUUGUGAUUUUCAACAAUAGCACAUGCAUUGGAAUUGGGUGACCUGAGUCUUCAGUGACCUGUAAUUCAACCAAUCUUCGGCACCAGGGUCGAGUUGAGGUGAAAUGAUGUUGCUACCCUCAGUAAUUUUCAUGUUCAGUCGCAUUCUGAAUCCCUGACUUCAAGCUGUACUCAAAGAGGACUGAAAGUAAAACUGAAUAUGUGGAAACGUCUGAUUCUUGCGGUGCUUGUUGCAGCUUUUGUCCGUCAUAUGAUAACUUUCAUAAAGAUUCUAGGUUUAGAGAAAACCAUUUACAAUGUCAAACCGGGGGAAUGCCACUUUGUUCGUGGAAUCGAACAUGGCUCGGAAGAUCUAGAACUUUUAUCAGAUGGCAUCGUCAUUGUAUCAGAGGGUUAUUUGACUUUCAAAGACCGUGUCGAAGGAGCACCAAGAGGUCAUCUAUUUGCUUAUGAUAUCAACAAUCAUAAUAAGGGAGCUAUCGAGUUGAAGAUCAAGGGUGAUUACGAUGUCAACACACUUCACCCACAUGGCAUUACAGCAUUUGAAGAUAAAACCACAGCUAAGACAUUUAUUUUUGUCAUAAACCACCAUGUUGGAUUUGAUGUUGUGGAUAUUUUUGAGUUUGAUCGAAACACAAUGUCUUUAUCAUUCAUCAAGUCAAAGAGAGAUCCUUUGAUCAGAAGUGUGAACAACUUGAUAGCGACUGGACCUGAAUCGUUUUUCAUUACUAACGAAGCUAACUUCCUUCAUCCACGGAUGAGGUUUCUGGAAGAUACACUCUUAUUAAGAUCGGGUUACAUUCUCUUUUGUGAUGUCACUGGCUGCAAGCAAGUCUCGGAAUCGUUAAACAAUCCUAAUGGCAUCGAUCUCUCCAGGGAUGGGAGGCUUCUUUACGUUUCCCAGCCGUUUGCAAGACAAAUCCGUAUAUAUGAAAGGAACCUGGCUGAUAAUUCACUUACACCAAACAAGGGUGUUGACGUUAUCAAUCUGGGAACCACAUCAGAUAAUAUUUACGUGGACGAAUCUGGUGAUAUAUGGGCUGGCUGUAUAAAAGUACCAUCCAAGGCUCUUCAUUACAUGAAUACAAAACAAGGCAUCGUCCCAUCUCAGGUCUUACGAAUAAGAGUUGGAUCCGACGAUUAUGAAAUGUCUGAAGUUUACAGUGAAGAUGGAAGGAAUAUUACCAUGUCAACUAGUGCUAUUUACCAUAGAGGUGUCCUACUCAUUGGAUCAUUGCAUGAACGAAUGAUGCGUUGCCAAGUAACUACACUUAUUUGAUUAGUUUGAAGGGUUAUCAACCUAUCAAUUCUAGAAGAGAGCGGAAAAUGAAGGUCCAAAAUGACUAAUAACCCAACGUACCCAAGUUUGUCUGAUUUUGCAUUUGUAACAUUAAAAAUAGCAAUAAUAUUUCACUGAUUUAUUAAACUAAUCUGACAAUUCUAUUUCCCUUCAAUAAUUUUGUGCUCGAAUAUAAACGAAGUCAAUGUAUGUAUUUUAUCUAUUCAUUACAAUCAAUGAUAACAAUAGACAAUGGUGAAAACCAAAUGGUAAAUAAUAUCACUUUCAGUCUUGCUCAAAAUUGUUUACCGUUCUUUAAUUAUUCCGCUUUAGUGCUUCUCAUAAUUCCAGAGCUUUCUUUGUAAGUCCUUUAAAUUAUCAAAGGCAGAAAGAAAAGAAAACCCAGACUCAGAGAUGUUUCGUAACGAAGCUUUCUUUGCAAGUCCUUUAAAUUAUCAAAGGCAGAAAGAAAAGAAAACCCAGACUCAGAGAUGUUUCGUAACGAAGCUUUCCGGUUAAUGUUUUGCUCUAAAAUGAGUCAAAUUUUCAUCUCAAAUAUUAAUAUGAAGGGGAUGGGUGCUUAAAUUUCCAAUCAUUUUCAGUUUUGAAACCAUGUACGUGCAACGCGAAAAUGAACAUAAAGCUGUAAUUUCAUGUAGGCAUCUGGUCAGCGCCCCCCACACUUUCAAAGGUGUUCCGCGGCCCCAGGAAUGAUUUCAAGGACCAGAGAAUGUUUUCUUCGUACUGUAUACAUGAAUGAAUACAUCAUUAUCAUUUGUAUUUUUAUUCAUAUCUGUAUAUUGUUUAGAAUUCAUACGUGUUAUAAUAUUGUGCGCAGCUGUAU